AUGGCCCGGCUUCCGCAGCUGGUGGUCUUCGACCUGGAUUACACCCUGUGGCCCUUCUGGGUGGACACCCACGUGACCCCCCCCUUCCACAGGAGCAGGGAUGGGGUGGUGAGUGACAGCGGGGGGAAGACGAUUCGCCCGUACCCGGACGUGCCCGCCGUCCUGGACCACCUACAAGGCCUAGGGGUGCCCAUCGCCGCGGCCUCCCGGACUGGGGAGAUCCGGGGUGCCAACCAGCUCCUGGACCUCUUCAACCUCAGCCGCUACUUCGCCUACAAAGAAAUCUACCCGGGCUGCAAAAUCACCCACUUUGAGAGGCUGCAAGCGAAGAGCAGGGUCCCUCUCUCCCAGAUGAUCUUCUUCGAUGACGAGAAGCGGAACAUCGUGGACGUCGGGAAAUUGGGCGUCACCUGCGUCCACGUCCGGAGUGGGAUGAACCUGCACGUCCUGGCUGAGGGGUUGGAGCGCUUUGCCAAGGCCUGAGUCAAACCCCGAAGUUCCCACUAAACUCCCGCUCCGACCCCAGGCGGGAUGGGGAAAAUGGCAGGGGGAAGAUUGGCCAUUUCUUCCUUCUCAGGCCACGGGAUCAGCCCGCCUCAAUCCAACCCGUGAUGAUUGUCCGGCUCACCCUUCUCACUUACGUUGUCCAUCGUGUUCUUAUUUUAUUUUUUUCUUUUUAUGUCUCUCAUCGGGCCCCUCUCUCCCUUUACUGUUAGAUUGUGAGCCCCCGUGAAGGCCAGAGAUCCUGCCUGAAAGGCUUACCUAUUUAUUCCUUCCCAAUAUGGUGCUUUGCACAUAGUAAAAACUUAAUAUACACUAUUGCCAUUUAUCGGGCCCCUCUCUCCCUUUACUGUUAGAUUGUGAGCCUCCGUGAAGGCCAGAGAUCCUGCCUGAAAUGCUCACCUAUUUAUUCCUUCCCAGUGCUUAAUUUGGUGCUUUGCACGUAGUAAAAACUUAAUAUAUACUAUUGCCAUUUAUCGGGUCCCUCUCUCCCUUUACUGUUAGAUUGUGAGCCCCCGUGAAGGCCAGAGAUCCUGCCUGAAAUGCUCACCGAUUUAUUCCUUACCAGUGCUUAAUAUGGUGCUUUGCACAUAGUAAAAACUUAAUAUAUACUAUUGCCAUUUAUCGGGUCCCUCUCUCCCUUUACUGUUAGAUUGUGAGCCCCUGUGAAGGCCAGAGAUCCUGCCUGAAAUGCUUACCUAUUUAUUCCUUCCCAAUAUGGUGCUUUCACAUAGUAAAAACUUAAUAUAUACUAUUGCCAUUUAUCGGGCCCCUCGCUCCCUUUACUGUUAGAUUGUGAAUCCCCCGUGAAGGCCAGAGAUCCUGCCUGAAAUGCUCACCUAUUUAUUCCUUACCAGUGCUUAAUAUGGUGCUUUGCAUGUACUAAAAACUUAAUAUAUACUAUUGCCAUUUAUCGGGCCCCUCUCUCCCUUUACUGUUAGAUUGCGAGACCCCGUGAAGACCAGAGAUCCUGCCUGAAAUGCUUACCUAUUUAUUCCUUACCAGUGCUUAGUAUGGUGCUUUGCACAUAGUAAAAACUUAAUAUAUAUUAUUGCCAUUUAUCGGGCCCCUAUCUCCCUUUACUAUUAGAUUGUGAACCCCCGUGAAGGCCAGAGAUCCUGCCUGAAAUGCUCACCUAUUUAUUCCUUACCAGUGCUUAAUAUGGUGCUUUGCACGUAGUGAAAACCUAAUAUAUACUAUUGCUGUUUCUGACUGGCCUUGCCCAAAGUUGAGGCAAGAACGAUUUUACGAGGAUGAGUUUUUCUACUCUUUUCUUCUCUAGGAAGCUCUCUGUUGGUGGGUUCAUUCAUUCAAUCGUAUUUAUUGAGACUACGAGAAGCAGCGUGGCUCAGUGGAAAGAGCCCAGGCU